GCUCCGCUCCGGCUGCAUCUCCACCUCCACCCUGGCGGUGCGACCGCGUCCCGUGCGCGGCCCCGGGCAGCAGCGCGCCCCUCGCCCCGCUCCCUCCGUGCCUCCCGGGCCCGGAGCGAUGAGGCGGGCCGCCGCCGCUGCCGCGGGCAGGAGCGCCCACCUGGGGCCCGUGCCCGCUGAUCGCCCGCUGCGCUCCCUGCUCCUGCCACCGCAGCUGCUGCUGCUGCUGCUGCUCGUGAACGUGCCGGUGGCUGCGCAGGCCCAGGCCGCCGAGUUCCCCGAGCUGUGCAGUCAUACCUGGGAAGCUGUCGAUACCAAAAACAACAAGCUUUAUAAAAUCAACCUCUGUGCAAACAUGGCCGCCACCCCCUGCGGGCCAGCCACCGCCGUGUGCAUGCACGACCUGAGGACGGAGAGCUAUCGUUCUGUGGGCGACUUCGUCCUGCGCAGUGCGAGCAAGUCCCUGCUGGAGUUCAACACCACGGUGAGCUGCGGGCCCCCGAGCCGAGGCCACCGCGUCCAGAGCAGCUUCUCCUUCCGCUGUGGGAAGACCCUGGGAUCUCCUGAAUUCGUAACGGCCACAGGGUGUGUGCAUUACUUUGAGUGGAAGACCACGGCAGCCUGCAAGAAAGCCACGUUUAAAGCCCUCAAGGAGGUCCCCUGCUACGUGUUUGACAGGGAGUUACGGAAACAUGACCUGAAUCCACUCAUCAGGCUGAGCGGCGGCUACCUGGUGGACGACUCGGACCCUGAGGCCUCCUUGUUUAUCAACGUUUGCAGAGACCUAGACUCACUCCACGAUGCAAAUCCACAGUUGCGUGCCUGUCCCCGCGGCACUGCUGCCUGCUUGGUGAGAGGUGACCAGGCAUUUGAUGUUGGCCAGCCCAAGGAGGGGCUGAGGCUGCUGAGCCGAGACAGACUCGUCCUGAGCUACGUGAACGAAGGGGCAGAGAAGCUGGACUUCUGUGAUGGACACAGCCCCGCCGUAACGGUCACGUUUGUCUGCCCGUCGGAGCGCAGAGAGGGUACCAUUCCCAGACUCACCGCUAAAUCUAACUGCCGGUAUGAGGUCGAGUGGGUGACUGAGUACGCUUGCUAUCGGGACUACCUGGAAAGCAGGAGCUGCUCCCUGAGCAGCCGGCAGCAUGAUGUGACGGUGGACCUCAGCCCCCUGGGCCAGCCCGCAGGCUCGCCCUAUACUGCCGACGGGGGAGAGUACCUGUUCUACUUGAACAUCUGCGGGGGAGCAGGGAUGACCGACUGCCGCAACAGAGAUGCCGCCGUCUGCCAGGUCAAGAAGGCAGACUCUACCCAGCGCAAAGUGUCUGGCAGAGGACAAAACCAGACCCUCCGGUAUUCGGACGGAGAUCUCACCUUGAUCUACUUUGGAGGUGAGGAGUGCAGCUCGGGCUUUCAGCGGAUGAGCGUCAUAACCUUUGAGUGCAAUCAGACCGCAGAUAAUGAUGGCAAAGGAGCACCUAUCUACACUGGGGAGAUCGACUGCACCUAUUUCUUCGUCUGGGACACGAAGUACGCCUGCAUCAAGGAGAAGGAAGGCCUCCCAUGUGGGGCCAUUGAUGGCAAGAAGCGCUACGACCUGUCUGCGCUGGUGCGCCACUCAGAAUCAGAGCGGAAUUGGGAAGCCGUGGAUGGCAGCCAGAAGGGAGGAGAAAAGAAGCAUUUCUUCAUCAACAUCUGCCACCGGGUGCUGCAGGAGGGCCAGGCCCGGGGCUGUGACGAGGAGGCCGCCGUGUGUGCAGUUGAUAAGUCUGGAAAGAAGAAUCUGGGGAAGUUUAUUUCUCCUCCCACCAAAGAGAAAGGAAGCAUUCUGCUCUCCUAUUCUGACGGUGAUGACUGUGGUGACAACAGGCAGAUCACAACUAAUAUCACGCUCGUGUGCAAACCAGGAGAUCUGGAAAGUGCCCCGGUGCUCACCUCGUCCGGGGACGAUGGCUGCUUCUACGAGUUUGAGUGGCACACGGCUGCCGCCUGCGUGCUAUCACGGACUGAAGGCGAGAACUGCACGGUCUUUGAUUCUCAGGCAGGGUUUUCCUUUAAUCUGUUACCACUCAUGAAGAAAAAUGGCGCCUACAAAGUGGAGGCUGGGAAGUACGACUUCUACAUCAAUGUCUGUGGUCCCGUCAUCGGGACCCCCUGUACCUCGGAUGCAGGAGCCUGCCAGGUGGUGAAGAGCACUGGGAAAACGUGGGACUUGGGAGUGAGCAGCAACAAGCUCUCCUACUACGACGGGAUGAUCCAGCUGAGCUACAGGGACGGCACACCCUACAACAACGCCCGGCGCACGCCACGGGCCACCCUCAUCACAUUCCUGUGUGAUCGCGACGCUGGUGUGGGCUUCCCUGAGUAUCAGGAAGAGGAUAACUCCACCUACAAUUUCCGGUGGUACACCAGCUACGCCUGCCCGGAGGAGCCCCUAGAGUGUGUGGUGACUGACCCGUUCACGCUGGAUCAGUAUGACCUCUCCAGUCUUGCAAAAGCUGAAGGAAACUCAGGAGGGGGUGGAGGAGGAGGUAUUCGUGAUGGGAACUGGUACGCCUUGGACAACUCGGGCGAGCGCGGGACAUGGAAGAAGUACUACAUCAACGUCUGCCGGCCCCUGAACCCGGUGCUCGGCUGUGAUCGCUAUGCAGCGGCCUGCCAGAUGCAGUACCAGAAGACUCCAGAGUCCUAUACCGAGUCCGUGUCCAUCAGCAACCUGGGGGUGGCCAAGACAGGCCCUAUAGUGGAGGAGACUGGCAGCCUGCUUCUGGAGUAUGUGAAUGGCUCUGCCUGCACCACCAGCGAUGGUGAGCAGACCAACUACACCACGCGGAUCCACCUGGUCUGCUCCCGGGGGAACCUGAACACCCACCCCAUUUUCUCCCUCAACUGGGAGUGUGUGGUCAGUUUCCUGUGGAAUACGGAGGCCGCUUGUCCUGUGCAGGUGAUGACAGCCACAGACCAGGUGUGCUCUAUACGAGACCCCAACAGUGGAUUUGUGUUCAAUCUGAGCCCCUUGAACAGUUCUCAGGGAUAUGUGAUCCCAGCCAUUGGGAAGACAUUUAUGUUCAACGUGUGCGGCACAAUGCCCAUCUGUGGGACCGUGGGUGACACGCCAGCCUCUGGCUGUGAGGCUAAGACCCAGACCGAAGACCUCACGAACCUGAAGCCAGAGUGGCCCGUUGGAGGCGAGAAGAGCCUGCAGCUGUCCACCGAGGGCUUCCUGACCCUGGUCUACAAAGGGUCAUCUUCAACUAGAGGUGAGGUCUCAGCUGCUGGUGCCUCCUUCAUCAUCCGUUUUGUGUGCAACGAUGACAUCUACCCAGGAGCCCCCAAGUUCCUGCACCAGGACAUUGACUCCAGGCGAGGUGUCCGAAAUACCUACUUCGAGUUUGAAACCGCACUGGCCUGUGUUCCUUCUCCAGUGGAUUGCCAAGUCACCGACCCCGCCGGGAAUGAGUAUGACCUGAGUGCCCUAAGCACCGUCCGGAAGCCCUGGACUGCCGUGGAUGUCUCGGGCAGUGGAAAGAAGAGAACCUUCUAUCUGAGUGUCUGCAAUCCGCUCCCUUACAUCCCUGGCUGCCAUGGCACUGCCUUGGGGUCCUGCCUGGUGUCAGAGGAGAACAACUUGAACUUGGGUGUGGUGCAGAUUAGUCCCCAGGCAGUGGAAAACGGCUCUCUGAGCAUCGUGUACGUCAAUGGGGACAAGUGUGGGAGCCAGCGCUACUCUACUAGGAUCACAUUCGAGUGUGCACAGGUCACGGGGUCGCCGACCUUCCAGCUACAGGAUGGCUGUGAAUAUGUGUUCGUCUGGAGAACCGUGGAAGCCUGUCCUGUGGUCAGGGUGGAAGGGGACAACUGUGAAGUGAGGGACCCUAGGCAUGGCAACCUGUACGACCUCAAGCCACUGGGCCUCAACGACACCAUGGUCAGCACCAGCGAGUAUAACUACUACUUCCGGGUCUGCGGGAAGCUCUCUUUGGAUGUCUGUCCCAUCAGUGACAAGUCCAAGACUGUCUCGUCGUGUCAGGAGAAGAAAGGGCCAGGAGGGUUCCAAAAAGUGGCAGGUCUCAUCACGCAGAAGCUGACAUAUGAGAACGGCUUGUUGAGGAUGAACUACACAGGUGGGGACACAUGUCACAAGGUGUAUCAGCGCUCCACCACCAUCUUCUUCUACUGUGACCGCAGCACACAGAAGCCCAUGUUCCUAAGGGAGACUUCAGACUGCUCCUACGUGUUCGAGUGGCGGACCCAGCAUGCGUGCCCACCCUUCCAUGUGACUGAGUGCUCUUACAAAGACGACACUGGGGAACCAUACGACCUCUCGUCCCUGUCACGGUACAGCGACAAUUGGGAGGCCAUCACCAGGACCGGGUCCUCUGACCACUACAUCAUCAACGUGUGCAAGUCCCUGGCACCACAGCCUGGCACCGACCCCUGUCCCCCGGAGGCGGCCGCAUGUCUGGUGGGCGGCCCAAGGCCUGUGAACUUGGGCAGGGUCAAGGACAGUCCUCAGUGGAAAGAUGGUGUCACCAUCCUCCAGUAUGUGGAUGGUGACCUUUGUCCAGAUGGCAUUCGGAAGAAGUCUACCACCAUUCGCUUCACCUGCAAUGAGAACCAAAUGAACUCCAGGCCUCAGUUUAUCAGUGCUGUGGAGGACUGUGAGUACACCUUCUCCUGGCCCACGAUCUCUGCCUGCCCCUUGAAGAGCAGUGUGCACGACAACUGUCAGGUUACCAACCCCAACACAGGACACCUGUUCGACCUGACCUCCCUCAGUGGCAGGGCUGGCUUCACAGCUGCCUACAGCGAGAGGGGGCUGGUGUACAUGAGCAUCUGUGGAGAGAAUGAGAACUGCUCCCCUGGUGUGGGAGCUUGUUUUGGGCAAACCAGAAUCAGCGUAGGCAAGGCCAGCAAGAGGCUGAGCUACGUGGACCAGGUCCUGCAGCUGGUUUAUGAGGACGGGUCCCCUUGUCCCUCCAAAAAUGGCCUGACCUACAAGAGUGUCAUCAGCUUCGUGUGCAGGCCCGAGACGGGGCCCACCAACAGGCCCAUGCUCGUUUCCCUGGACAAGCAAACGUGCACACUCUUCUUCUCCUGGCACACACCCCUGGCGUGUGAGCAGGUGACGGAAUGUUCCGUGAGGAACGGCAGCUCCAUCAUCGACCUGUCACCCCUCAUCCACCGCACAGGCGGUUACGAAGCAUAUGAUGAAAGCGAGGAAGAAACCUCCGAUGCCUACCCCGAUUUCUACAUCAACAUCUGCCAGCCACUCAACCCUAUGCACGGCGUGGCUUGCCCCGCCGGAGCCGCUGUGUGCAAAGUGCCUGUGGAUGGAUCGCCCCUUGACAUUGGCCGGGUCACAGGCCCCCCAGUACUCAACUCAGCAGCCAACGAGGUUUACAUGAACUUCGCAAGCAAGACUCCUUGCUUAAAGGACAAGCGUUUGAACUAUACCUCCCUCAUUACGUUCCACUGCAGGAGAGGCGUUAGCAUGGGCACACCUAAGCUGAUCAGGACCAGUGACUGCGACUUUGUGUUCGAGUGGGAGACUCCCAUCGUGUGUCCGGAUGAGGUGAGGGCUGACGGCUGCUCCCUGACAGAUGAGCAGCUGCUCUACAGCUUCAACCUGUCCAGCCUCUCCAAGGAAAUCUUCAAGGUGACACGGGACUCACGCACGUACAGUGUGGGGGUGUGCACGGCAGCUGCUGGGCCAGACGAGGGGGGCUGCAAGGACGGAGGUGUGUGCCUGCUCUCGGGGACCAAGGGGGCAUCUUUUGGACGGCUGGCGUCGAUGAGGCUGGACUACAGGCACCAGGACGAGGCUGUCAUCCUGACUUACGUGAAUGGUGACCUCUGCCCGCCAGAAACUGAUGAUGGCGAUCUAUGUGUCUUCCCAUUCACAUUCAAUGGCAAGAGCUAUGAGGAGUGCAUCGUGGAGAGCAGGGCGAAGUUGUGGUGUAGCACGACCGCCAACUACGACCGAGACCACGAGUGGGGCUUCUGCAGGCAGUCCACCAGCCACCGGACGUCGGCCAUCAUAUUCAGGUGUGAUGAGGAUGAGGAUAUCGGGCGGCCGCAGGUGAUCAGCGAGGUCCGCGGCUGCGAGGUGACCUUUGAGUGGAAGACCAAGGUGGUGUGCCCCCCCGAGAAGAUGGAGUGUAAGUUCGUCCAGAACCACAAGACUUACGACCUGCGGCUGCUGUCCUCCCUCACCGGCUCCUGGUUCCUCACCUACGAAGGAGCUACGUAUUUCAUCAACCUGUGUCAGAGAGUCUACAAGGGGCCCUUCGAAUGCUCAGAAAGAGCCAGCAUUUGCAAGAAGACCUCCUCUGGCCAAGUCGAGUCCCUGGGCCUCGUGCACACACAGAGACUGGAUGUCAUGGAUGACAAAGUCAUUGUCACCUACUCCAAGGGUCACCCAUGCGGUGAGAACCAGACUGCAUCCUCCGUGAUAGAGCUGGGCUGCGCCAAGACAGUGGGCAAGCCUGUGUUCAUGAGGUUUGACACGGACAGCUGUACCUACUACUUCAGCUGGGACUCGCGGGCAGCCUGCGCCGUGAAGCCACAGGAAGUGCAGAUGGAGAACGGAACCCUCAUCAACCCGGUCAAUGGCAAGAGUGUCAGCCUUGGGGACAUAUAUUUCAAGCUGUUCAGUGCCUCUGGGGACGUGAGGCCCAACGGGGACACCUACCUGUAUGAGAUCCAGCUGUCUUCCCUCAGCAGCCCCACACACCCCGGCUGCUCUGGCGCCAGCGUGUGCCAGGUCAAGCCCAAUGACCAGCGCUUCAGUAGGAAAGUGGGGACUUCGGAGAAUACCAGAUACUACGUUCAGGAUGGCGACCUGGACAUCGUGUUCACCUCUUCUUCCAAGUGUGGAAAGGACAAGAGCAAGACCGUGUCCUCCACCAUCUUCUUCCACUGUGACCCCCUGGUGCAGGAUGGCAUCCCUGAGUUCAGUCAUGAGACCGCCGACUGCCAGUACCUCUUCUCCUGGUACACCUCGGCUGUGUGCCCAUUGGGAGGGGACUUUGAAAGCGGGAGUGCUGAUGAAGACGACACGGACUACCCGGGGCUGUCGGAGCGGAGCCAGGCCAUUGGCUCGGUGCUCAGCCUGCUCCUGGUGGCGCUCAUUGCCUGCCUGCUGGGCCUGCUGCUCCACAAGAAGGAGAGGAGGGAAAUGGUGAUGACCAAGCUGACCAGCUGCUGCCGAAGAAGCUCCAAUGUCUCCUACAAGUACUCCAAGGUGAACAAGGAAGAGGAGACGGAGGAACACGAAAGCGAGUGGCUGAUGGAGGAAAUCCAGCCUGGGGCCCCACGGCCGGGGAAGGACAACCACGAGAACGGCCAUGUCACCACCAAGCCCGUGCAGGCCGAGGCCCUCACUGUCCUGCGCGGCGAUGACCAGGACAGCGAAGAUGAGGUGCUGACCAUCCCUGACGUGAAAGUGCAACCUGUCCGAGGGCCUGGGCCUGAUGGCGCUGCGCAGCCUGGCCGACACCCCCAGUGCAGGGCUCCCCGGGGAAGGGUGGACGACAGGUUGGGGCUGGUGCAUGGUGACAGGGCAAGGCGGGGCAGGCCUCGGCCUGGCCCUCCCCAUUCGGCAGCCUUCCACGACGACAGCGACGAGGACCUCCUGCGCAUCUGAGACCACCGUGCCUGCCGGAGGGCGCGGGGCAGGCCACAGCCGAGCGCCUCCAACCAAAAACGGACUUCUACUCGGUGACGCUUCUGUAAUCUCUGCCUUUAACAAAAACUGCUUCAAA